GCAAAGUCAUCAGCAGGACAAAGAAUACUAUACAGGAGUAGCAGUCCUAGCUGAGUCCUGGGGGCUCCAUUCCCACCCCAAACCACAAAACGAGGGCCUUCAACACAGUUAAGCAAUCUCCACCCAAAUUCCACACCAAUUACAUGGGGGGCCUGGCUACACAGCCCUCCUUCUCUCCACCACCCCACUAAAAAUACUUUAAUAAUGAGAGGGCAGCAUAAAGCCACAGGACUCCAGCUGCUCAGGGACAAUCCAGAGACAGCAGCCUGGCACCAGCCCCAGCCAAAGCCCGACCCUCCUCCAGUGAGGACCCACUAAGUUACGCCUCCCUCUAAUUAAGAGGUUCCUGGCUCAGGGCCCGGCCAGUUAUUUAGAGAACCAGCGCCUGCUCCUAGCACAGAUAUCUGCGAGGCUGGGGCUGCAGGCACUGUCUCCUCAAAGCCAGCUGCCUGAAGCUGCCAUCUCCUCACUCUACUAUCCUGGGACCCCUCCUGCUGCCUCUGCUCCCCAAAUCUCAGCAGCAUCAUGUCGCUUGCACACACAGCUGCAGAGUACAUGCUCUCAGAUGCCCUGCUGCCGGACCACAGGGGCCCUCGCCUCAAAAGACUGCGCCUGGAACUUCCCCUGGACCGGAUGGUCAAGUUUGUAGCCGUGGGCUUCCCUUUGCUGCUGAUGUCCCUGACAUUUGCCCAGGAGUUCUCCUCCGGGUCUCCCAUCAGCUGCUUCUCUCCCAGUAACUUCAGUGUCCAUCAAGCUGCCUACGUGGACAGUUCUUGUUGGGACUCACUGGUUCACCACAAACAGGAUGAGUUUGACUGGGUCAAAACGAAAUCCCUCUGGCCUCACAAGGCCCUCCCUUACUCCAUGCUGGUCCUAGCUGUGGUCAUGUACCUCCCAGUUCUGCUGUGGCAGUACGCAGCUGUGCCGGUCCUCAGCUCAGAUCUGCUGUUCAUCAUCAGUGAACUGGACAAAUCCUAUAAUCGCUCCAUCCGCCUGGUGCAGCACAUGGUGAAGAUCCAGCAGAAGUGCUCGGACCCCCAUGUUUUCUGGGAUGAGCUGGAGAAGGCUCGGAAAGAACGAUACUUUGAAUUCCCCUUGCUAGAGCGGUACCUGGCAUGUAAGCAGCACUCACAUUCACUAGUGGCUACUUACCUCCUGAGGAACUCCCUCUUGCUCCUCUUCACCUCAGCCACCUACCUGUACCUUGGCUACUUCCAUCUGGAUAUCUUCUUCCAAGAGGAAUUCAGCUGUUCCAUCAAGACAGGGCUGCUAAGUGAUGAGACUCACAUCCCCGAUAUGAUCACGUGCAGGCUGACCUCCCUGUCUGUUUUCCGGAUUGUUAGUCUCUCCAGUGUGGCAGUAUACACCCUAUUGGUUCCAGUGAUAAUAUACAACCUCACACGGCUAUGUCAGUGGGACAAACGACUCCUAUCCAUCUAUGAGAUGCUCCCAGCUUUUGAUCUCCUCAGCAGAAAGAUGUUGGGAUGCCCCAUCAAUGAUCUCAACGUGAUCCUUCUUUUCCUCCGAGCCAACAUCUCUGAGCUCAUCUCUUUUAGCUGGUUGAGUGUCUUAUGUGUGUUGAAGGACAUAACCACCGAGAAGCACAACAUUGACACAGUGGUUGAUUUCAUGACUCUAUUGGCUGGCUUAGAAUCCUCUAAACCUAAACAUCUCACCCACCAGGUGUGUAAUGAAAACCCAUAGUUAAGAAACCAUGAAGCAAAAAAUUUUAUGGAAAGUAAAAAUCUCUCUCCUUCCUCACAAGCCUCACACACCAAUAUGCAAAAAUACCCACUUUAGAAUUGCUAAACUUGGAUUCAGCUGAAUCAUGCAUUCUGUAUCACGUUAUCCUAAACGUGAGAAGAUAUAAUCAACACAUGGAAACAAAUCUGAUCACUGGAACUGAAGAGUCAGAAAACCAAAAAAUUAGGUGUAGAGCACAAUACGAGGACAGGAAAAAAAAAAAAAAACUAAAACUAAAAUUAAAGUCUAGACAUUCUACAAGAAAAGAAGGUUCUAAAGGCUAUUCAUGGAGGCAGGUUCUUCUCACUAUAUUUACUCCAUUGGCCUCAUAGGAUACACACUCAGUUUAUCCCGAAGAGCAAGUAUGGUAAUCUGGUAAGAGAAUAUAGAUAUAAAAUCCCUGGAAACCCUCUGGUGUGGCCUGAAAUCCAAGGAAUUUGCCCAGCUUGUUUUGUGGAAGUCCUCAACCUUGCCCAGGCUCUCUGUCGCCUACAAAGUGGGCCAGGAAAUACUGAUGGCAGGAAUUUGUAAUCUGCUCUUGGGGCUUAAGGAGAGUGUAGAACAAGGCCAGGGCCGUGCAUCAGCUAUGGGUGGAGACUUGAGGUGUGCAAAUACACUUUCUCAUCAUCUAAACCAGAGACUCACUUCACCAAGGGCUGAGAUUACAGGCUGCGGACUCCUUCAUAACUCUUAAUGGGCACUAGUAUGCUUUUCAUACCCCAGGAGA